UUUAUCGAAACACACUCUACUUCACUGGAAAUGCCCACGCCUUUUUCUUAAACUACAUUACAUUCCGUGUCACUGUCGCGCUUUUACGCACAGCCACACGAUGAGUGUCUGGACAUCUCCGCGCGCUCUCCUGACCUCCCUCUGCCUCUUUCUGCUUUUAUCAGACUGCUCGGGCGCAGCGUCGGAUUUCGAGGUAACGCUGCUUCACACCAACGACAACCAUGCACGGAUCGAGGAGACCAGCGAGGACUCGGGGAAGUGUCCAGACACGGGUCCUUGCUUCGCUGGGGUCGCCAGGAGGUUCACUAAAGUGUCGGAGAUCCGCAAAAAGGAGAACAACGUGCUGCUUCUGGAUGCUGGAGACCAGUUUCAGGGAACGGUCUGGUUUAAUUACUACAAAGGAGCAGAAGCUGCACACUUUAUGAACAAACUCGGCUAUGACGUUAUGGCUUUUGGAAACCAUGAGUUUGACAAUGGAGUGGAGGGUCUUAUGUCCCCUUUCCUCCAAAACUUAAGUUGCCCUGUGGUGAGUGCCAACAUAAAGACUGACAAGACUCUGGCUGCAACUUUCGGUGUCAGCUACACGCCCUACAAAAUCUUAGACGUUGGCUCAGAGAAAGUUGCUGUGGUCGGCUACACCACUGUGGAGACCCCCUUCUUAUCCCAGCCAGGCCCACACCUAACGUUUGAGGAUGAGGUGGAGGCACUUCAGAUUGAGGUCAAUAAGCUGCAAACCAUCGGUUAUAAUAAGAUCAUCGCCCUGGGUCACUCUGGCUUUGACAUGGAUAAAGAAAUUGCCAAGCGUGUGAGAGGAGUUGAUGUUGUUAUUGGAGGACAUACAAACACAUUCCUCUACACUGGAAACCCCCCAUCCACUGAAGUACCUGCCGGUCCUUACCCAUUCAUGGUGAGGUCUGACGAUGGGAGAGACGUGCCAGUGGUCCAGGCCUUUGCCUUUGGGAAGUACCUUGGAUACUUGAAAGUUACCUUUGACGAGGCUGGAAAUGUGAAGAAAGCUGUUGGAAACCCCAUCCUGAUGGACAGCAGCAUACCUCAAGACCAAGAGGUCCUUGCUGACAUUGAGGAGUGGCAGAAAAACUUGGCUCAGUACUCCUCGCAUUAUAUCGGACAGACAUUAGUCUACCUCAAUGGGACGUUUGAAGAAUGUCGAUAUCGGGAGUGUAACCUUGGAAACCUGAUCUGUGAUGCCAUGAUUUAUCACAAUAUAAAGUAUUCAAGCGAGCUGAAAUGGAAUCAUGUGGGCAUAUGUAUGCUGAACAGUGGGGCCAUACGCGCAGCUAUAGACGAGCGCUACAAAAAUGGUUCCAUAACUAUGGAGGAGGUCCUCAAUGUCUUACCAUUUGGAGGAACCUUUGACUUGGUCCAGAUUAAGGGAUCAACAGUAUUAAAGGCAUUUGAAUACUCAAUACACAGAUAUGGAGACAUGUCUGGAGAAUUUCUUCAAGUCUCAGGCAUUCGGGUUCAAUACGACCUCUCCAAACCAGCAAACCAGCGUGUAGUGUCCAUAUCCAUGCUCUGCACUGAGUGCCGUGUGCCUAAGUAUGAACCAUUAGACCUGAAGAAGAAGUACACUGUGGUCAUGCCUUCGUACAUGGUGGACGGAGGUGAUGGCUUUACCAUGAUCAAAGAGGAGAUACUUAAGCAUAACACAGGUGACAUGGACAUUUCUGUUUUUUCCAAAUACAUCUCGGACAUGAAGCGUGUGUACCCUGCAGUGGAAGGACGGAUCACGUUCAGGAACUUGGCGGUCUUAACAGCGCACAACCUUGGCUUAUUGCUGCUGGGUUUAUGUGUGUCCCUGACCCUCUGAUUGGCUUUGUACACUCUGUGAAACAGUGAUAGACUGAGGGGCACAUUUGGCUGCUUGUGAACUCCUCUGGGACUUAGUUAACUGCCUUUCCAACCCGCUGCCUUCAGGGAUAACUAGCUGACAACAGGAUUGCAGGUUCAGUGUCAAGGUAGUCAGUCAGUCAGUCAGUGUUUUAAACAGUUUAAAGAACAGUAUCAAUUUUUAACAAUAUUUCAACAUCUUUUACAUGUGCAAAAUGAACAAUUUAAAUAUGAAAAUGGUAAAAAUGUAUUAGAUAUGAUUGUUUUGGUAGACUUAAAAGUGCAUUGAAUCUAUUUUUUAUUGUCAAUCUAAAGGAACUGAGAUGUUAUGAAUAUCUAAAAACCAAGACAGUGCUUUACUGUAUAAUAUAAAAGAGCCCAAAGACUGCAAGGCAGUGACAUAAUGAACAGAGAGAAAGCUGCCUGGCAGCUAUGUCUUUGUUUUUUUGUUAUUUAAUAGACAUGUAAAAAAAAGAGUAUUUAUACACCUGAAUAUACCUGAAGGUGUUGUUUUGCUCUGUUGCAGUCGUGUAGAUGCCUUCCAUCUGAAACUCAGGUUAAUUUCAUUUGAUGCCACUUAUGCAGAAAAAAAGAAGCAGUGUGACUGCUUAUUGAAUCUAAUUUUUAUAAAUUAUUAUCGAUAUUUGAGUUGAGUUGAAGUUACAAAAACAAAUGUAUUGCUACAGAAAAAAAAUAUGAUCUGUAACCUUUGUUCCCAUGGCACUUACUUUUUGAGCCUCCCCCUGUAUGCACUAUUUGACAUAUUUAUCCAGAGCUGAUAGAAUAAAUGAACACUGCAGUUCUUCUGUU